AUGAAGUACUCCAUCGCCGCCGCUGCUCUCGCUGGUGCCGUCAUGGCCCAGGAGCCUGCUUCCACCGUCUUCUCCACCCAGUACUUCACCGUCACUUCUUGCGCGCCCACCGUCACCAACUGCCCUGCCCGCAGCACCGUCGUCUCCUCCAGCGUCGUCCCCGUGACCACCUCCACCGUCUACCAGACCAACGUCAAGACCAUCACCUCUUGCGCCCCCACGGUCACCAACUGCCCCGCCGGCUCUACCGUCGUCGUCACCGAGACCAAGGCCAUCGGCACCACCAUCUGCCCCGUCACCGAGACUGGCGCCAAGCCCUCUGCCACCCAGCCCCCCGUUGUCGUUGUCCCUCCCCCCGCCAACAACGGCACCGUCCCCGCGGCUGUUCCCUCCAAGCCCGCCACCACCGGCAAGCCUCCCGCCGUCACCACCGGCGCUGCUCUGCCCUCCGUCUCCGUCCCCGCCACCCUGGUGUCCAGCCCGGCCGCCCCCGUCUGCCCCGGCGUCUCCGUUAAGACCAUCUCUACCUCCGUCACCACCGUUGUCCCUACCGUCAUCUACGAGACCGUCUCUGUCCCCUGCGCUACCGCCACCGGCCAGAAGCCCUCUGCUACCAUCCCCGGUGUCCCCACUGGCGGCAACGGCACUACCUCUGUUCCCCCUACCAAGACCCCCGUCACUGCUGGCGCUUCCGGCCUGAGCGGCUCCGUCGCUCUCGCCGCCUUCGCCGGUGUUGCCGCCUACGUUUUCGCUUAA